AUGGCUCCUAAAAGCAAACGUUUGUCUAAGUCAACGCGUGCUGGCAUUAUAUUUCCGGUCACACGUAUGCAUCGUCAAUUAAAGUCAGCGCAGGUUGCAGCUCGACGUGUGACAAAAGGUGCUGCUGUUUACCUCGCUGCUGUAACCGAAUAUCUUGUUGCUGAAAUGCUCGAAUUAAGUGGAAAUGCUGCUCGUCAUAACAAACGAACACGAAUUGUACCCCGACAUAUUUUACUGGCUGUUGCCAGUGACGAAGAACUGGACAAACUUUUGAAAGGGGUUACUAUUGCGCAAGGUGGAGUGCUGCCGUCCAUUCAUCCAUUUUUGCUGCGUAAAUUUGCGCAAGCUAAUGGUUCGGCGAUAGUUAACAGUACAUCAUCUAUUACUAUUGGAAAACCAACAAAGCCGACUGGAAAACCAUCGGCAACAACCCCAAAAAAGAAACCAUUGUUAACCAAAGGUGCAGGAAGUUUUACAGUAUAUUGUGCGCCAAAAUCAAAGGCAGCCGCCUUAAAAGGAACGGCACUUACAACGUUAUCAGAAAGAGUUCUUAAUCUCGGACAAAAACUGACAGUUGUUCAGGGAAACAUAGUAAAUAUCAAAGCCGACGCUAUCGUUCAUCCAACGAAUAAUUCAUUGUAUAUGGGUGGAGAAGUUGGUAAUGCUUUAGCGAAAGCUGGAGGACAACAAUUACGUGACGCUGUUUCAAAUUUAGCAAAAACGUCAUCGCUGGUUAAUGUUUCAGAUGUUUCUAUCUGCGAUGCUCGUAAUCUUUCCGCAACUAAACUGAUCCAUGUACAUUCACCAACGUGGUCAGCUGGACAGCAAGCUGAAUGUAUCGGUCAGUUAGAUAAAGCCGUGACUAACAUUUUACAUAUGGCUGAUGCAAAUAUGUUGGCAUCUGUUGCUUUGCCAAGUGUCAGUAUUGCUGUAACACAAAUAACAUUACCUGGGCUAGCUUGUUCUUAUAUAUUUCACUGUAAUGGACCGCUGUGGAAACAGGAUGAACCUAUCCAAUUGUUGGGAAAUACUGUCGAGAAACUGCUUUCAGAAGCAGAUAAACAAAAUAUAGCGUCUAUUGCACUGCCAUCAAUUGGAAGUGGACGAAUGGACGAAAGUGAACAACAACAACUUAGUUUAACUGAUACAUUUUGCCACUAUACUGAUUCAAAAAAACAUUAUAUAUUGAAAUUGAAUAAUUCAGCAUUAACUAUCAUUCCAUUAUUGAAUACUAAACAAAAUAAAAAACGGGAUGAAAACUAUCAAGAUGUGAAUCAAAAUAGAAAUGGGGAUGAACGGCGAAUAAUCCAUUUUCCAAUGACAUCACCUUCUACUAUUACAAUUUCUACCGAUGAUAUUUAUGGUUGUUUAUGUAUGCGUUCAAAUAAACAAAAUAGUCAAGUUUGUCAUAUAACAUUUUAUUUAUAUUCAUUAUUAGAAAAGACAUUUCGUAAAAAAAUACAGUAUCAUCGUUCAAGUAAAACUUAUACUUAUCAAAAAUACAAUAAUUUUGAUCAAAACUAUGCGGAAAUGAUGGAAUGGCAUAGAUUAAUAACACAAAUUAUUAAUUUAAAGAGAAAUUUGCCAAGUGAUCUUGUAUCAAAACGUGAUAAACGACUAUUGGUUUUCAUUAAUCCAGCUGGCGGAAGUGGAAAAGCAUAUAAACUAUUUAUGGAAGGAGUAGUAGGCGUAUUUUCCGAAGCAGAACUGCCGUAUCAUGUUAUAAUAACUGAUUAUGCCGGUCACGCAAAAGAAUAUGUUCAAUCGAUAGAUCUCAAUGAAUGGUACGGUAUUGUUCUAGCUUCGGGUGAUGGGUUGGUUUUUGAGAUAAUUAACGGUUUAAUGAGUCGUCCAGAUUGGCUACAAGCAUUAAAAUUACCUAUUGGUCAUUUGCCAUGUGGUUCCGGUAACGCAUUUAUCACAAAUAUUUUACGAUGUAGCAAACAAGUUAUAAUGGAUUCUAUGGAAAAAUUUGUUAUUCAAGCGGCUGUUCUUAUAGCUACACACAAUGUAGUGCCAAUGGAUAUAGCAGUUAUUGAUACCAUCGAUGGACAACGAUUAUUUUCAUUUCUUUCCGUUACAUGGGCUAUAAUAGCUGAUGUUGAUUGUGAAAUGAUUAGUCUUGGUUUAGAUCCACGCAUAUAUGAUGGAACUAUUUAUUAUCUUCCAUACGAUAGUACGGAUAGUUCGACAACAAUAUCAUAUAAUUAUAGUUCUGUAUCAUCAAUAAAUCAAUUACAUCGUUAUCUUUUACCACUAAAUGAAGAAAUAACGAUUGAUGAUAAUAGUAAAUGGCGUAGAAUAAAUGGCCCAUUUUUACAUGUGCUUGUCUCAUCCAAGCCGUGUAUUUCGAAAGACGCGUUCGUAGCACCACAGUCUACGUUAGCAGACGGUUAUUUAACAUUGCAAUUUAUCCGUAGUGGUGCGACGCGUAUCAAUUUAGCCCAAACAUUUUCAGGUAUAUCGACUGGAAAAUAUAUUGAGUACGAUUUUGUUGAAUGGAUGCGUGUCAAAGCGUUUCGUAUUGUUCCAAACACUAGUGUUGGAAAUAUGAUGGUUGAUGGUGAAAGAAUACCAUGUGGUCCCGUUCAAGGUGAAACUCUUCCAGGUAUUGUACGCUGUAUGGGUAAAUUACCAAAUAGUCAACGCGAAACUUCGUGA